AUGGUGGUGGCGCCGGGGCGGUUGGCGGUUCCUGGAGUAUCGUAUAAGACCCCGGUGGGGGCGGUGACCGCGGAGGAAUCUGGCGGGACUGCGGUGUCGUUCAACCCGCCCGACCUGCGGGUGGAUGCGGCGAGUGUGCGGGGUUGGAGGGGCGAGAACGAGUUGGGGAGUUUUAGCUCGUCCAGCGACGCGGACGAGCCGCGUGGUACUGUGAGGCCUCGUCAGGAACUGCCUGACCGUUACGGCUACGUGGUCACGAAGCACGGCAAGAUACUCACUCGCUUGGAAAGCUUUACAGACGAUACCGCUAAGCCCAAGAAAAAGACUAUCAGCAAACUCCGCCAGUCUGUACUCAACAAGUCCGGCCGACCCUCUCAGCUGCCCAAGCAUGGGCUCAACGGCGCGGAACGGAAGCCGCGCAAAAGCAAACCCAUCGGAGUCUCCAAAACGGUCCUCCGAAACCGACCUGUCAAGACGGCGAAACCGACUAAGGUAGCGACCAAAACGCCCAGCAAGGCGCCCAAACCAGGCAAGGCACCCCUUCUCAGCAGCCCUAGAGCUGGCGCUAAACCCAAGCACAAGUCACCCAAGCCCGGCCAAGCCGAAGCAUAA